AGUUGAAAACACACCUGUUUGGGCCUGGAUUGGCGACAAGUACGUUUUCCGGGGACAACAGUAUUUCCUGCCACGACGUUCCCACCGCAUUUCUUGGUCAUAGGACACCCAAAACGCCCUCAAUAUACCGCAUUCCACUGGGUUUUCACGGCCAUUUUCCUGUCAAAAUCAACCUUGUUUUGAGUGAAGAUGUCGACUCGGGAUGGUUAGUUUGAUGUGGUGUGAGCAGAAUGAAGACCUGUAAACAUGAGCUGGUCUUACAAUGAAGCAACUAGCACUGUCACCGACUACGAUGAAAUUCAAAGGGCUGCCAAGGAGAGGGCAGAGAUUGUCGGCAAAUAUGACAAGGGCAGAGAGGAGGGGGCCCACAUUGACCCAUGGGAAGAUCCAGCAUUUGAGGUCUACCAAGUGACAGACAGAUUCGGCUUCAUCCAUGACCAUGCUCUGCCCGCCACCACGGAUGCCGCAGAAGCCAAGGCUAAGACUCUCGAGAUUGAGAGAACUCAAAAAUGGUUGAAAAUGCUGAAGAGCUGGGACAAAUAUUUUCCCGGUGAAAAGGUAAAUAAGUUAACAAGGAGGAUCUACAAGGGAAUCCCGGACCGACUGCGGGGAGAGGUGUGGUCUCGAAUCCUCAACAUCACCAAGAUCAAGGCAGAGCAGGAUGGAGUGUACCGGCGAAUGAGAGACCGUGCCAGGAGGACGUCUACCCACAUUCGUCAGAUUGACUUGGAUGUGAACCGGACAUACAGGAACCACAUCAUGUUCAGAGAAAGAUACGGUGUCAAACAACAGGCCCUGUUCCAUGUGCUGGCUGCCUACUCAGUGUACAACACGGAACUGGGCUACUGCCAGGGCAUGAGUGAGAUCGCUGCCCUACUGCUCAUGUACCUCAAUGAAGAGGAGGCCUUUUGGGGUCUGUCCCAGUUGUUUGUCACAGAGAGACACACAGUGCAUGGGUUCUUCAUCCAUGGAUUCCCCAAACUCCUGCGAUUUCAAGAACAUCAUGACGUUGUCUUGAAAAAGUUCCUUCCCAAAAUCCGAAAACAUCUGGAGAGGAAUGAGAUUUACCCAACACUCUACACCAUCAAGUGGUUCCUUCAGUGCUUCCUAGACAGGACUCCCUUCCACCUGACCCUGCGACUGUGGGACGUGUGGAUGCUGGAGGGGGACCGAGUGCUCACGGGGAUGUCCUACUGUAUUGUCAAGAUGCACAGAAGACGAAUUGGUCGGAUGCAGAUGGACGACCUCUUGUCCUUCUUCCAGAGCAAUCUUGAGAAGGACUUCAGCUAUGACGAUGACGUUGUGGUCGAGCAGCUUCAGAUCUGUAUGGAGGAACUCCGAAAAGCCAGGAUGGACGUCCCACCAAAAGCAAAAAAUAACGAGUCUCCUACACUUCCAUUUGGGCUAGAUAUUGAGCCCAGCAUAGAUCAGUUGAUAGGGAGGAGAACGGUAGAAUCUAUAGAUGAACAUUUCCGACGGAAUCCCAGAGGUGGAAAGGCAGCAUAUCACCGAAGGCGGAACUUGGGCACAAAUGGUACCCCUGAAAUGUCGCGCAGUCGGACUGAUACUCGUUCUAUACAAUCGAGUCGGUUGUCUGAGUACUCUAUAGACGGAUCAUCGUACUACGAUACUGCUGGCAACUCCAGAAUGUCCUUAGUAGAUUACAGUGUGAGGACAUCCGUGCCCAGUUCACGCACAUCGUUUGCUGAUGCUUCAGAGAUGAACAGCCUCAAUCUUGGUCACAGUACACAAACACUUGAUCGGGUGUCCGAUUUUGAUCCGGACAAGACUCCUGAAUACGAGCAUGUAGAACCUCCCAGGAUGGCCACAUCGGAGUAUCACCAACGAUAUGAAGUAGUUCAUCCCAUCACCGUGGUCGAUGUUAAAGUGGAGCCCAUGGAAGCUGAAACACAGCCAUCGUCGGAAGCAUCGGACUACGAUAACCUGAAUGGAAUGGAGGAUUACUCGGACACAGGAACGCUACGUCCGUCAAUGCCGCAGAGCAAGUCUGAUGGCUACAUGACGGUACAUACUGACAGUGAAAUGGUUGUGAUGAACGGACACGAUCAAAUAUCUACCAACAUGAGACUAACCCGCACAGAGGAUAGUCUUCAUCAAAGUCAGUUUUCCGACCGUACAGAUCACCGGGAGGUUGAGCACCAGAACGGUGUCCGGGUCGAGCGUCAAAUCUCACGCCAGGUCCGAGAGACGUCCAGUACGUCAAGGAGGGUCAUCCACACCAAGUCCCACAAGGAAACAGUCUUUCUUUGAACAAGCGCAUCACUACACUUAGGUUAUUUAUUCUUCACGUAAAUGACAGUAACGUCUUCAACAUCCUCAUGAUCAUAACUAGGUUUGACAGAUUAGUUAGAAUUCAGUGAAAUCCUUUUGUCCAUGUUUGCCAUGUCUUUUGAUAAGGAUGUUCCUCGAUUGAAAAAUUCAAAAUUUGAUUCAACCAUUUUCUAUAAUUAGGGAAUACUUUUUGGCAAAUGUCCGCUUUGCUGUCGUCUGUCGAUAGUUUUCUCAUUGUCAUUUAUUAUUUUCUCCAGAGGAGCAUGUCAUUGUUAUGAAUUCAAGGUUACAGAUUUUGGAACCACCAAUGAUAUGUGUAGCAUUUACAAGUUCAAACCGAUUUGAUAAUAUGUACAUGAUUGUUUUGUAUGUGAUUUUAUAAUUAUUCACCGAUUUGACCAAUUGUAUUGCUGUAUGUUGAAUGUAUAGGGCUUUUAGAUUGUUGAGCAAUGGAAACGUCUUUACUAUACUAUCACCACUGAUGUUACUCACUCCAACUUUUACUCACAUCUGUUUUAGAGACUUCGUCUGUGAUAAUGGGUUAUUUCGCUUGAUGGUAACGUGUACGAGAGCUUCAAGCUUGAGUGUGUCCAUUUUGUUAACAGAGAGAAAGCUUUGCUUUGUGACUUCAUCAAAACCUCCCAUCUUUUGUACAACCAAACAUGAAUUUAACAUGAUCAAAACAGUUUUGUUCUGUGGGUCAUGUUCAUUGUGUAGCCAUGGUAACUGUUACUAUAGCAACAUUGAAUAUCCCCAGAUACCUACUUCUAAGCUGUGGAUGUUAGACUUUAGUCAUGAUACCUAAGUUGUCGGAACUUUCAGCACGAUCUAUUUCAAUUUUUGUGUGGUUUAAAAGCAGUGAAAAAAGUGAAAAGCUGAGUAAUAAAGUAUAGCUUUUUUUGUUAAACUUGGACUUUUCUGGAAAAGACUGACAGUGAAAAUUCCUUUUUUUAGCUCCCCUGGGCCUGAGUGAUCAAGUGCUCUUAGUGCUAUCAUGCAACACUUGAAGUGGUGAGGUCACUUUGUCACACAGGUCCAUGGAGCAGUUCAAACAAGGCCAUUGUAACAGAUUUACAAUAGUAUUAGCGCUAAGAUCGCUUUGUGGAACAGGUUUAGGGCCUGUUCAAACAAGCAAUAUUAGUGCCAUGAUUGUACCUCUGAUAAAGGUUUACUGAUAAUAUUAGCACUAAGAUCACUGUGGAACAGGGUCUUGACUGAUUGAGAUGUUGUCAAGAUUCAAGUUCUAUUCUGAUCUUGAUGUUUCCUCCUGAGGGAGAAUCUCCUCCAGAACAGGAUGUAAGUUAUCGGCAUUUCUGAACAUAAUCAUGUUGAUUGAACAUUAUCAUUAGUUUAACAAUAAUCAUUGAUGAACUUACAUUUUAAUAAGAUUAAUUUUAUCUCCCUGAACUACAGUUAAAUAUGAUCUUUGAUAUCGCUGUGAACUACAGUUUAAUAUGAACUUUGAUAUCGCUGUGAAUUUCAGUUGAAUACCAUCUUACAUUUCGUUGUGAAUUACAGUUUAAUACCAUCUUUGAUUGCCCUGUGAAAUAUUUUUUGUUAUCAUGUUUCCUAAAUCUUCUGAUUAGAAUCCUGGGUCCAUGAGGACAACACCCGGUGCUCCUGUAAGUAUAACAUAUGAUAUUGGUUCCUUGGGCACACAUUGUCACUGUACACCUCCCUGGGGGGGUUUACCUGGCACACAUCAAAUCCAGUCCCCCUAUCGAUAGUUAUCACUUCUCAUCAGUGUCACAUGAUCUGGUCACGCCCUCAUCUUUAACUUUGACCUAUGCAAGCAAUAUUUGUGUUUGAAACUUACAAUGAUAUCGGCUAGUCAGGUUGGUUUGGUAUUGGCUAUGGGGAACUUGAUAGAAUGGAUGUGGUACCAUGGCAUACAGGGGAGGGGUUUAGGGGAAAGGAUACCUUUGUAUGAGAAAAGUGCCCAUGAAUUCAUCACGUCUGAUUUGACAACCAAACUCGCUCCCCCGUUUUGCCCUCUGAACACCAAGCCCUAGCAUCCAGCGACCACCCACCAUGUCUAAAAAUUCAGAACAUGACCCCCCCCUUCACACACAUAUACACACACACCAAAGGUAAAAAUUUGAAAUGUGAAUCUUCAUACACCUCUUAAGUAUGUAGCACAAGACCUAGAAACCUAUCUUACUCUGCGCUACCAUCUCCAGUGAUGCACAUAUUAAGGGUAGUUUGGACAUGGUUUAUAUUAGAACCUCGUGUGAAAAGACUUGAUACAUGAUUUAUGUCUUCAUAUUAUAGAUUUCAGAAGUUUCCAAUUAAGAGUUAUUGAAUUGUCUUCAUGAAUCUCUAUUUAAUUGGGAAAGACUUUUAUAUAUUGUAUCAAUAUUUGCUUCUCAUUUAUAAAUAAAUGAAUACAGUUCUAUAAACAAAUACUUCAGAUAUAAGAAAAAUGGUUUUCUAUUUUUGCUGUUGUUAGAGCAAAACCGGUCACAAAUGAUAUCAAAACCAGUAGUGCUCCUUCAACUGGUGAUUGUGUGACAGGUCUUUUAAGAAAGUGUUUUGGCUUGAUGGCAUUAAAGAAGCAGGUGGUCCGGUUUGUGUCUGAAUAUUUUACUGAUCUCAUCCCCAGGCCACUGCACUUAUAUUGUCUUCCACGUAAUCCCUCAUGUUGAUGUCUUCUUCGGUCGGUGCAACAUGGCUGUCAGGUUAAACAGGGUUCGUGCACACUGUGUCCCAUGUUAAAGUAUUACCGAGUGUCCAGAUGGGGAGUAACAGCUUCACCAGCAUCAUACAGUUUGCAUCUUGAGCAUUACUUCUUAUGUCAAGUUAAGAAAAAUUGAUUUUGAUUAAGUAGACUCAGCUGACUCAUAUUUCCUGAUUAGAAUAUGAAACUUGAGACUAAUUGUUUACCAAUGUACUACAAUCAGAACUGUUUGGCAGACUGGUGACAGUGUCAUUUUAGAGGAGAUUUUUCAUAUUCAGAGUUAUCCAUAUAUGUUUUUUAGACGUUGAUGAUUUUUGUACCUGGUUUGAGUGAUGGCCUGAAUACCUCCUCAAGUGACCAUCCUCGUCAUGGAAGGGCAGUCCGGUAGAGAUGCGCAGUGGUUUUACUCAGGUGAUGAGGAUGCAAAGAAAAGAUUUGUUUUGCUGUGAUUUUCACUGUUGUGACCCAGUUGCUGAUAGAUGGAAGGAUUGCAUAUUGUGUGUAACAUUCAUUAGUCUGUAGUUUGCUGGUACUGUGAACGUUCAGGAGGGUCUAGUCGGUAUUGCUUCCAUUCAUUACAAGGAAGAUAACAUUGUCUGCCUUAUUGCAGCAAGCUUAGUUAGCUUUGGAUAUUGUUACUCUCAAGUAUCCCAACAUGGAAACCAACGGCUGAAAUGGUACACCAAAAUCACAUUACAGUUUGCAUGUAUCACACUAUUUCGUGAUGAUAAGAAACAUAUGACAACAACAUACUUAACUGGAAAAGUAGAAGUGUAUUUCAUUAUUGGCAUAACAAUGAAAUUCGAACAAAAUAUUUUCAGGACAUGUGAUCACAUUGAAUAUAGGACUUAGUUACUGUAAAUCAAAUAGGUAACAGCAGUUAGUAGACUCUGAAUGAGCAGGUAAUUAAACAAUAGUUAAUCAAUUAAAAAUGUUUUAUGUCUUGAGAGAGUGUUAUAAACACCAAACUUCCCUGAUGACUCUGCGAGCAGUGUUUACAUAUAUAUUAAGGACAUUACAUCGAAACAUUGUGUUUAUCCAGAAAUGUAGAAACAGUGUUGUUAAGACCAACAAGGUUUCACUCUUAAUAGCUACAUAUCACAGUGAUGGGGUGAGGUAGCCUAGUGGUUAAAGCGUUCGCUCGUCACGCUGAAGACCCGGGUACGAUUCCCCAGGGUACAAAGGGUGAGGUCUGUUUCUGAUUUUCCCUUGCUGAAAUAUGGCUAAGAGUGCUGUUAAACAAUACUUGCUCACUUGCUCAUUGAAGUGAUGGUUCAUCAUCCUGAAAAUGUGGUUUGGUUCUCUUCAUGGGGACAAUGUCUGAAGCCAAUUUUUGGUGUUCCCCGCCGCAGUGUUGCCUGAAUAUUGCUAAAGUGGCGUAAAACAAUACUCACUAAAGUGAUGGUUCAUCAUCCCCAAAAUCAGGUUGUAGUCUCCACACUCUUUGUUCCGAUUCCACCCGUUCUUGAUGUCCCCAAGACAUUGCUGGCUUGCUAGAACCAGCAACAGUGGCGUGAAGCCCUGCUCCUACUGUACUGUACUGUACUGUACUGUGAUGGUGUAUUGUUCCAGACUCAUCUCUGCCAUGAAGUAAACGCACAUCCACGUGUUCAGCUCUGUGUAGAUAUGCUUAAUGAUGUACAUGAUUCUUCUGUAUAUUGGACAGGCCCAUCAUGGCGUCCUUGCGUUGUUGGCAACAUUACAGCUCAGUGUUGCUCUGUGUCUGACAGUGUGUGUGUGAGUUCUGUGGAAUUGUUCUGUUUUCUGUGGAAUACAGUUACUGUUAUUUCCCUACCGAUUGGUUUAUUGAGAGGGAGUUUUAAUGUGGAUAACACAGAAGUGACUUGUCUUGUUAUCUGUGUGUUAAACAAGGUACUUGGUGCAUAAUGUUUUCCGUGGUUUCUGUCAAAUACUCUGAAUGUAUUUCUGUAUAUUUAUCAGACCGUUUCCUUGGUGCAUGAUUUUGUUGGAUGAAUACCGUGCUGCAAAUAUGUAGACAUCAUGAGUGGAAUGAACACUACUUAUGAUAUUAACCUAGUCACAAGUUUUGAAAGGAAGCAAUAAAAACCAAUUGCUUUUAAACAGACAUAGAGUUGAUUUGAAUUCUAAUGAUAAACUGAUGUUUUUUUAGUGAGGUAUUGGUUGAUAGGGAAUUAUUGACUUUAUACAAAUGAUACAAACAGACAAGAGUUAAAGCUGAUUUUUUUUUUAAUCCAUGUGUGUGUUUCUACAUCGAGGGAAUUAGAGGUUAUAAAUACUAUGGACACCUUACAGCAGCAACGUGCUGAUAGUUAGACCAUAUAAAAACAGAUUCUCGGUUCUCAUCACUUUGUUAAUCUUUCCCAACCAUGCCAGGGGGCACGGGUGGCCCAGUCGUCUAAGGCGCUACGAUUCGCUGUGCAGAGUUGCAUCCCGUGGGCAUGCCAGAAACCUAUGAUUGUGGAUUCGAAACCCAGUUCGCCCCGAUUAUGUUUCUAGGUUUGUCAGCACCAUACCUGUGUUCGUGGGUUUCACCGAAGUGGUAAACGUCUGAGACCUGCAUCACUUCGGGCUAUCCUAUAGCCUAUAUAGCUGGAAUAUUGCUGAGUGCGACAUUAAACAACAAACAAACAAAACAACCACUUGUUUCCUAUUUGUUAAUGCUAUUGUUCUCAGUAUAAAUGCAGAAAAUAUUUGAAUAGCAAUGUUGACAGUAACUUUUGUAAAAUGCCUGUCUUUAUCAACAUUUGAAACUGUUGCGUAUAAAGUACAUCUUAGAAUGAAAAAUAAAUCUUUAAACUCUGAAUUGGAACCAUACAUGAAACCUUGGUUUGGGCAGUGAUGAGAAACAAGAAUUGUUCUUUAUAUGGCAUCUAUUCAAUGACAGAAAGGGCGGUGGUGUAGCCUUAAUGAAGUUUCAGCUCAUCACUGGGAAGGCUCAGGUCUGAUUGCCCUCACUGGUUUGGUGUGUGAUGAGGCUAUGGCUAGCCUUGAGGUCAAACCAUUUGCUUGUCACACCCAGGUUCAUGGCUUGUUCACCACAUGGGUACGAAGUGUGAAGGGCAUUUGUGUCUCUUGCCAGGAUAUUGCUGGAUCCACACUUAAUGCAGAAAUCCACAGUCACUCAAGAACAAUAAUGUUGUCCUGGCAUGAACAGCUUCUGGCAGCCCCAGUGAAGACCUUCAGUGACAGGUUGUGUCUAACAUGCUGUCAUUAGGAUCAGCGGCUUUGUGCCACCAUGGAUUGCAGGAUGAGUUGGGCCAACAUCAACAAACUAUAUUCACAGACUCCCUUUGAAUCCCUAUGAAGAUGCUUCCAUACCCUGGACUGUUAUUUGUGUUAGUGAUCAGAGUGAACUGAUCCACUGUGAUGAUAACUCAACCAUCUGAUAUGUAACCUUUUUCAGUGUGUAAGUGUCUGGUAGCUCAUAAGCUGGUACUGACAUUCAAAUAUAAUUCCAUGAAUUCUAUUACUCAACCAGAUAAUGUCUCGCUGUUUGAACAACAUGCACAUUUGACCAAAAAAUCUCCUUUUUUUUUUUUUUUUUAAAGAAAAUCCGCCUUUUUAUACUUUGUUUUAUGAGCAUGAUAAAAUUUUAUCAUGACUUGUAUCAAGAUGUCUGUGGAUCAUUUCAGUCCAACAUAGAGAAUACAUACAAGAAUAAUUCACUGAAUGAGAGAAUGUGAUAGCCAGUUUAUGUUUGUGCAUGCGCAAAAUGGGUUGAUUUGUAACACUUUGUUACCAUGGUUACCCAAACUGUAACCAUGAGACAUACUACGAAGUAUAGCAAAUGUAUUUCAGAUGUUUAUAUAUAUUUAGAGUGUGCAGAAUACAGCUGCCAUAUUGUGUAGAUUGUAUGUACUCCAAUAUUGGUCUGUGAUUAUCGUGUAUAUUGGCUGUAUAUGUGGAUAUAGUGCCAUACUUUCAGUGUGUGUAUAUAGUCUAUAUUGUGUCAUAUGCAAUGAAACGAUUGUAGAGAGUAUCUAGUUAUACAAGAUCUGUAAUCCUAUGUACGAACACUUUUAUUUUUAAUCAGAGUUAUUGUUAUACAACAGAAUGGAGAAACAAAUAAAUCAGAUUUUUUUAUCUUAGCCGUUUCCUGCACUUGGUCUCUUGUGUGGUGAAAAGGGCAUACAUAUAUAUGUACAAGAAAAAUGUAUGUUUAGAAAACUUUUACUUUUAAAUCAAAGUCAUUAAAAUGGAAGCUGUGCUUAUAUUCAAUCUGGUCUACUUUGGUACAAAAAACUGCCAGAAUACAGUGGGUUCUUAAUUGUAUGUUUGUCAGAUUUUUAUGUUUUAAUUUGACAUAUACUCGCUUUGGUCGAAAAAGUAUGUUUUCUUGUGAAGAGGGAUGGUGUGCAAAACUUUAGAAUAUUUGUUUUCUCAAUUUAUAACAUAUUGAAGCCAAUUUGGGCAUAAAAACCUCCUUUUGUGGUUCUUCUAGAAUUCCAUCAUGUGAACCUGGCGAAAGCAUUAUUUACUUGGUAGUUAUAAGUUGAAGAGCAAGCUUUAAAUUGUUCUUCUUCCUUGAAGAAGCUUCCACUGAUGAAUGUUUUACUACUGCCUGAACAAAACAGUUCAGCCAAAGUUGAAGGAUAUACACUGUUUAGAAAUGUCUUUGUAGGAAUAUUUUGUGAGACGCUGUUGCUUCAUUUAUAUGUGCAUUUGUUAAAGUCAGGUACUGCUUGCCGACACGUCAUGGUGUCUUGUGUUAAGAAACAGCAGAUAUCUGCUCAUCUGAGACAUGUGAUGAUGCUGUGCAUGGAUUAAACUAAAGACUUUGUAGGUUCAUAAAGAUUUCAUUCCCAUAAUCUUCUUGCCUUAGAUAGGAAAAGUUUACCUCAAAGAUAUUCAGAAAUAAGUGCCAUUAUGUUCAUGAUCACUGACCUGUCAUUGCGAAGUACAUACUUACAUGAUCAUGGCUUACAUCACCAUUGGAACAUUUGAACAGUGACAUUAACAAGUUCAUAAUGAAGACGUGCAAUAAGUAAUUUUUUGUAAAUUUGUAGAAAUUUACGUAAGUGUAGUAGGAUGAUUUCUGGCCCAAAGAGAAAAGUAUUGAUCCACCUUGAUAAUAUAUCUGCUAUAUAUAUAUUCCUGUAAACGUAUGUUUCUUGUGUAUGAUCCUAUUCCAAACAAGAGAUGUUCUAUGUAAGUACUAUUGAAAUGAUAUCCAGAUAUUUGAACUCCUAAUACUGCAUAGUGUAUGUCAAUGUUCUUUGUAAAUUUUCUUCCCAUUCAUCCAUUUGAGAUUUCAUGCUUUUUCGCCAUACUGUAGGAAGGGCUAGCAAUGAACCCACAUGCAACAGUGAUUAGAUGGUAGUUCUAUGCAAAUUCUCAUUGGAUGUCGACUUGUUGAGGAGCAGAUUGUGCAGUCCCAGUGGCCUGGCUGACACCAUCUAUGCAUGUUGUUGUACAGCAGACACUCUGGGCCCUCAAGCAUCUCUAGGUGAGUCUUGUGCUGUUAAUAACAGAGGAGAGACAUGGCUAGGCAAGGUGGUUUAGUCAUCAUAUUUGACAUGUUUCAUAGUCAUCACUAGUGUUUUCUACAGUGGAAGUUUGUAGAUUUGUGAAAAGUCCUGAAAAUUAUGUGUUUGAGUCUGUCAUAAUUGAAUACAAUUUAUUGUUUGUAAUUUAGCAGAAGUGUGUAACUAGUAAGCACCUGCAAUGUUAAUGGCCAUGGUUGAAAUUGUUACAUACAAUCUGUGAGCCAUUACGUGCCCUGGUCGCCCCAUAAAGUGCUGCAAGUGUUUGUGAUUUUAUAGGUUUGGAGAAACAUAUUUUUUAGAUUAGAAGGUACAACUCUACAUGUGUCAGUCAAAAAUAUUUGAGUCUUUCAGUAAACAGCUCAUGUUGGCUUUUUGUCUGUGCUGUAAACUUGCUGAUGUUGCGUAAAGUUUUAUUCAAUGACUUGCUGUUUGUAAUGAUUGCUCUCUAUACGAGACAUCCUAUGUGGUGUAGCUAUCUGUUAAAAUUGAUAAAAUAAUUCUGUAUCUUAAAUCCCAAGUGUCCAAUAGGAUGUGUUGUGUAAACAAGAAAGUAUCAAGUCCUACACAUGCACAAGGAAGGGAUCUACCCAUCUGUGUUACUCUGAACGUACCAGAGGUAGAUGUUCCUUGAGGAACUGCAUCACCACUCCAUGCCCAGUGUUUCCCAUGUCUCUUCCUCUCCACAGGUUAAGUCUUGCUAUGUUCACACACAGCCAUGUAUAUAACUGUAACACUGUGUACAUGUACAUUUCUGUAAGAUAGAAACUCCAUGUCGACCAAGUUUGUGUCCUGUAACUUGUGGCUAUUUCUAAGAACUCCUGAACUGUAAACAAUUGUUUGAGAGCACUGCCUGCCUCCCGCACCCGUCAUUGUGUAUGUGUUCGGUGUCUGAAGAACUCUGUGGGGACUAACUUCACCAUUCAAUACCACUCCUUGCUACAUCCUUAACGUACAGGAUAUGUUUCUCAAACAGUAUUGAAAUAAAAUGUAGUUUUCAGCUA